AUGACGCUUAGCCAGGGAGGUCUCGACAAGCUGGCCUCCUGGGAGCUUCUUCGUCUCGGUGCCAAAGCCAUGCACCGGGCGCUCGGUGCAAUGCCGGGUCUUCUUCUGCAGCGAUCGGGCACCGGCGGCGAUUGCAACGCUAAAGUCGGCCGAGAAAGUCUGUGCUGUGGUUAUGCGAGCCAGCGGGGCAGUCGUCUCGGAGGCGAGGCGGGUUCUUGCCUUUCCCUCCGGAUCCGAGCCGAUGGCCAGUGCCACAGCCUUCGCGAGGUCAUCCAUGGCGCUGGCGGUUUCGGCCCGGAAGCAGAGAGUCAGUUUCGAAACCUGGGGAGGAAAGACUGCAACCCUGGUCGAUUCGUCAACGCAUUAGUGGAGAUUCAACGGAAGAGGACAGACUGCUCCAAUCCAAUGGGACUCGGAGUCGGUUUCUCGGGUCCUGACUCCUCUCAGAGCAUCGCGCUGGUGAACUUGAUCCUCAGCGGCGUUGUUGUCGUCCUCUUGAUCAUGGCGCUGCCAUGGCGCGUCGUGCUGGAAGUCACGCAGCUGGACCCCGCAAGAUUCGGGAAUGUCAAGAGCGAAGAUGCCACUUUGCCACUGCAAGAGCUCUUGGAAUGGGCGGUGCAGCAUCCCUUCACCGGGUACAAAGGUGGCAUCGCCCGGCUGGUUGGCAAGAUAUUGUGGCUGGACUCCGAGAACCCAGAUUUAGUGUCCGAGAUUGCCGGCUUCAACGAUAUCGAUCUCAUCUACUUCCUUCAGGAUGGAGAGGAGCAUAAGAAGGUCGAGAUGAAAACACUCGUGGACCAGGGCCUUACGAUUGGAGGCAUUCCGGUCGAGGCACAGGAUGUUGAGUACAGCUAUGACACAGUUGGGAACAUCCUAGCUACACGCGACCUGACACAGAACCAAUGCCUAGUUGUCUCCGAUGGUGAUGGGAAAGUUUUCUUAAUCAAUGCCAAGGUCUGCCGUGAGCACAUGCUGAGGAGCAUGACGGCGCCAGCCACGACUUCCGAGGUAAGCACACUCGAUGAUCGUGGCAACGUGAUUGCGGCUCCCAGGGUUGUUGGGCGAGCCAUGGUCCAGUGGAUGAAAGGGCGUUGUCGCAACGUGGAGCUCUCUGAGCACACGAAGAGGUUCUAUAACCAGCAGAAGCUUCCCAAGAUGACAAUGUUUCAGAUCCUCUGCAAGGCCAAAGGGAAUGAGAUGUACAUGAAAGUCUACACGGAGCUUGUCCGUCUCGGCUUUGUAGAGAAGCAGCAGUACCCACACGUGCUUUGGGGGGAAUGCUAUGCUCACGUGAACUCCCUCAUUGCGAGGCAUGGAUAUCGACUCGAGCUUGAAAGUGAGCUCAAUUCCGAAGCAGUCGAGAGGUGGAAGGAAGCCAAAUAUGCAGAGCAGCUGUCCCGAACCCGCGUGAGUGCUUUCCGAGACUUUCGCUUCCACCAAAUGGUUCUGGACGAAAGCUUCCUGGUGCCCUACAGCAUUGCAGAUACCGCUCUCACACACGGCCUCAAGUCACACAUUGCAGGCUGUGACAGUUCCGAGCAUCCUUCACACGCGCAUUUGGCGUACUUACGCCAGCAACGAAGUGCUGCAGCCAUGCACGUGGAGGAUGGCUCCAUCAUCGGUCAGACGGGCUUCGAGCAGACGCAGGUCGGCUACACCUUCGAAAUGGGCGGCAGCGAAGCACCCGGCAGCCGGACUCGGACCCUGCGAAGGGCUGCCUUCGAGAGCUCCAAGGCGCGUGCAAGGAACGUGGUCAACCGCAUCUUGACAAGUGGUGGAGCCUUCAUGGAGCAGGACGAGACUCUUCCGGACAACGCCGAUCCCCUGCUGGCGCAGAACCUCUUCGGAAAGCUCACCAUUACGGAGGCGUUUCUCCAGCUUCUGCGGAUCGGGAAGUUGGCAUGGCCCGGCUUUCUGGGAGCCUUCCUGGUCAACUGUGUGGCUGCGGUCCUGUACAUUCUCGUGAUCAAUCACUUGUUGGGCACUUUCUGGCUCCUUGCAGCUGCGGCUACUAGCCUUCUUGGCGCCUGGCUCUUCAUCCGAUCUGCUAACUAUGCCAUGCUGAAUGUCCUGACCUCCAUGUACCUGGCGCUCCUAAACAUCAAGACCGAGGCCUUCACCACGAGGAUGUUCUCGGAAGUUUGGAGCCGACUUGUUGGAGACACGCGUGCUCUUCAGGGCGUCCUGGAGUCUUGCAACGACUUCUCUAUCGAGUCCCUAACCGUCAUCGGCGCCUUGCUGGCGAUCCUUGGUCUUGCCGCUACACAACCGACUUGUGACAGCAAGCCUGUCUGGAAUGCAGUCUUCGUUGCAUUAUCGGCUGGUGCACUCAUGGUUGCCAUGUCUCUCCUGGCAUGCUUUAGCCUCAGAACUUGUUCCAGACAAACACGCAGCAUGAUCGGGUACAUGUACUCCGACAUGUUCAGUACCCUUAGCAACUUCUUCGAAGUCAAGUCCAUGGCCGAGAAGACUUCCGCGGUAAAGGCUACGUAUGAAGAGAUUCAAGAUGCCAAUUUGGAGCAGCGCAAGAAGCUCACCUUGAUCCACCAGGUGAUGCAGAUCUUCCUCCGCUACACGGAGCUGGCCUGCAUCACCUUGGCCCUCUUCAAGCUCUUCCACUCGAGCGCAGCCGGAACGUCUGCGGAGUGUCUUCACAGCUACUCCGUCUAUGCUGUGUCUGUUCCGAUUCUCCUGAGCGCAGUGCGGCGCUCCUGUGAGGCGCUGCUGCAGCUGUCCUCCUCCAUUGGCUCUUUGGAGCGUUUGUUUUUGCUGUCGCGAGCCCUCCUGCGCAUGGCGGCGCCACGCUUUGACGGCAUCAACAAGUUGUCCGCUGAAAUUUGCUUGGAGAUCCCGCAAGGUUUCUCUUACUGUCUCGGCUCAGCACAGUUCGGACCUUUUGCAAAAGUUCCUGCCCUUACUUCGGCAACGACUGGGAAGCUGAACGUCAUGAGCAUGCCACGCAGUUCUGGUGCAACAACCUUCGCCAAGCUCCUCUUGCGGAUGUUGGAUGCUCCAGCUAAGAUCAAGCUAAAUGGAGAGUUUGUAGAGCACUACGAGCUCGAGACGAUAAACUUCUCCAUACAUAUCAUCGACCAUGCGCCUCUGCCCUGCAGCGUUGCCAGGACGCCGGGCCAGGGGAGCACCCUGGCCGAAUACGUGCAGAUGGGCUUGGAAGACAUGGGCAUGCCUUUGCAGCCCUGUUUGGAACAGGCCCAGAUGUGGAGCAAAGUGGUCAACCUCCCCAAUGGUGUUGAAAGCACAGAUUGGGCCUCCAAUAUGUCUAAGCCGGAGGCCCUCCGGAUCCAGCUAGCCCAAGCAAUCUUCCGAAUCUCGCUUGGGGCUGUCAGAGUCCUUUUGAUUAUUGACCCUCUGCGGAAUUGCAAUCCAUCUGAAAUGGACUCCGUACGGAAGGUCUGGAUGAAAGCUCUCGAACCUUUAAAGCAGCGUGUCCUUGUCUUGAUUGUUGAUCAGACUGGCGAUACAAAGCCAUGGGCGCUCUAG